UUGUCGACCUGCAUGAUAAUUCCUCGGGUGCUACAUCUUGUACGUGUAGCCGCGCGUGACAGGUGGAUGUCAGAUUUUCUCGAUCUUCCAAAAAAGCUGCAUUUCUUCGGAAUUCUGCCUUGUUCCUCCAUGUCUCUCGUAUGUUUGCUGAAGGACCACUGCGCCACUGAGUGGUUUGGCCGAUCGAAGCAAUUUCUGCCUCCAGGGGAUCAAGGUAACACCAAUUCGGCCUGCCAGUCAAGGGCAGAUGAGGUUCAAUUGGCCAAUCUGCAGUCGGCGUUGAUUUAUGCUGACCCUGCUCUGCUUUCUCCAACCUAUCACUGAUGCCUAGCAUGAAGCUACCGACCAAUGAGAAGCAGCAGAGGGACCCUCAUGAAUAAUAAAACCCGGGGAGACUUCUGUCAGCAUCAACCCCCACAAGGGAAGGAUUUGCAUGCAAAGUGAUUCUCUGGCCAAUCAGAAACUGCAAACCAAGUCAGCUCAUGGAUUAUCCAUUAGCCAGAUGUACAUCCCACCAACCAGCACUAUGGGCUUCAACUUGUUUGGACCAAUGAACAGCGGAACCAGGCACAAUGCAAAUUCACGUGCAGACAUGUCGAUGGCGGAUACAAAUGUGGAGAUGGAGACCGGAGACGAUGUGGCAGCCCCCGGCUGGGAAUCGGAUGCUGCGAUCCUGCAGUCCGUCCAGGCCCUCACAGAGCACAUGCAGCUGCUGUCGGAUGAAACGCGGUCGCUGGCCCGCGAGGGCCUGACUCUGCGCGGGGAGCUAGAGCGGGUGGCCUCGCAGGUGGCGGCGGACCACCACGGUGCCCAGAAUCUGACCAAUGCGGGAGCGUGCACGCCCUCGCCGAACCAGGCCGGGCACUGCUGUGUGCAGGGUCAGGCGAGGUCGUUGGUGUGCAAGCUGAAUGGCAGCGGGGAAGACUGUGCUUGUGACUUCCAUCAUAGGGUUAACAAGCCUGUGGUUUUGCAAUUGAGCCAGGCAUCCCAAGUUGACCUGGACACAGAGCGAGCCUACUGGCAUGCAGGACACCUCAAGAAGGUACAGAACCGAACCUAUGAGGCGCAGAAGCUGUCCCACCUGCCCACGCGGCAGGCCGUCCACAUUGAGUUCAGCAACAUCACUUACACGGUCAGGGAGGGGAGUGUGUGGUCAUGCAGACGAGGGAAAGCAGGCAACAAGACCAUCCUGAAGGGUCUUUCGGGUCGUUUCUUACCAGGGGAACUGAUUGCCAUCAUGGGGCCCUCCGGGGCGGGCAAGUCCUCCUUCAUGAAUGCCUUAGCUGGAUACAAAACCCAGUCCAUGAAGGGCACGUUCCUGGUGAACGGCCAGGCACGCAACCUGGGCCAGUUCCGCAAGAUGUCCUGCUACAUCAUGCAGGACUGCCAACUCCUGCCCCACCUCAGUGUCAUGGAGGCCAUGAUGGUCUCAGCCAACCUCAAGCUGCCCGAGAAGAUUGGCCGGGGUGCCAAGAAGAUUGUCGUGGAGGAGAUUCUAAGCCUACUGGGUCUGAUGGAGAGUGUCCACACCAGGGUCUCUAAGCUGUCAGGAGGUCAGGUCAAACGGCUGGCCAUCGCCUUGGAACUGGUCAACAAUCCCCCGGUGCUGUUCUUUGAUGAACCAACAAGUGGUCUUGACAGUUCCUCAAGUUUCCAGUGUCUGUCUCUCCUGAAAUCGUUGGCCCGGGGUGGCCGGACGGUCAUCUGUACAAUCCACCAGCCCAGUGCCAGGCUGUUCGAAAUGUUUGACCAACUGUACGUGCUUGGUGAGGGACAGUGUAUCUACCGAGGGAGUAUGCAAGGUCUAGUACCCUACCUCAAAGCUCAAGGCCUAGUGUGCCCGCCGUACCACAAUCCUGCAGACUAUGUUAUUGAGAUAGCGUCUGGAGAGUACGGCAACAUGAUCGGCGACCUGUCUAAGCUGGUAACCGAUGGUAAAUGUGAGGAGUUCCUGAAUCUAGAGCCCCCACUGCACAGCACCAGCUCCAAUAGCCUCAACAGCAGCAACAGCCUGACAGGCCAUGCUCACUCCAAUGGCGAUGCCGCAUCAGUGACGACAGCAGGCAUUGGCAUGGCCACCUUCACCGCGUCAAAGGGCGAGGGCAGUAUCACAAACGGUCACACGCCUUCCAAUGCUCCGCAAUCCAACAGGGUAACAACCAAAGCCAUCUUUAAAGAGGCGAAUGGUGUCUCAACGCAUUCAGUCGUGACUUGCGAUGACCUUGACCUCGACGGGGGACAUUUUGCCACCAGCUUUCUGACGCAGUUCAGUGUCCUCUUCAAGAGAGCGUUCCUUACAAUUAUAAGAGACCAGUUACUGACCCAUAUACGCAUCUUCUCCCACAUCGCCUGCGGUCUCUUGAUCGGGCUUCUCUACCUUGAGAUCGGGAACGACGGCAGCAAGGCCUUCAACAACACAGGCUUCCUCUUCUUGUCAAUCCUUUUCCUAAUGUUCACGGCACUCAUGCCAACAGUUCUUUCAUUCCCACUAGAGAUGGGCGUCUUCGUCCGGGAAAACCUCAACUACUGGUACAGCAUCAAGGCAUAUUACUUGGCCAAGACCAUUGCAGAUAUGCCAUUCCAGUUUGUGUUACCAAUUUUCUACUGUACGAUAGUCUACUGGAUGACCGACCAACCCCCCGAGGCAGGCCGAUUUAUCCUCUUCAUUGCCAUGGCAACCAUGACAUCGUUAUGCUCGCAAUCAUUGGGGCUGCUGAUUGGAGCAGGGUCUACGUCUUUACAGGUGGCUGUCUUUGCCGGGCCCAUCUCCAGCAUCCCCAUCUUGCUCUUCUCAGGGUACUUCGUCACCUUUGACACCAUCCCUUCCUACCUGCAGUGGAUCUCCUACAUCUCCUAUGUCCGCUACAGCUUCGAGGGGACGAUGCUGAUCGUCUAUGGCAUGGACCGCGGCGAGCUGGGCUGCCCGGCGAACACCACCUGCAUGUUCCGGACCAGUCGGGAGGUCCUGGAAGCCCUGGACAUCGGCGAAGAGUCCAGGGUCUACUGGCACUUCCUGAUCAUGUUUGGCUUUUUCGUCGUCGUGAGGAUUUUCUGCUUUCUCGUGUUGAAGUUUAAAGUCAGACAGCAUCUAGGUUGAAAUGACGGGGGCUAGUCUAUUGCUACACAAAGUUACCUGAUAGGUAGCAUUUUGUGAGCAGUUAUUUGAUAGUUUGAUUUUCAUGAAGUAGGCUGACACCCAUCUUUUCAUCAUCUUUCACCAGUCUGAAGGCAUUAUCAAGUAAAGAGUUUCAUCCCAAAAUUCUAUAUCCACUGGUUUUGAAAAAUAUGAGUCAAGGUGACCGGUAUAAUUCAUUGAAAUAUCUGCUAAUUGACACCUUGUCUGUUGAAUUCCGAUAUGUACAUGUAUUUUCAGAGAUAUGAUUAACCCUAACCCUCCUCAAUCCUCCAACAGGUGAAGGAUUCAGGAGGGUUAGGGUUAAUGUACAUUGAUCAAAUUUCCUUAUUGUUUUGAAGACCAAAUAAUCAUCCAUUGAUGCAACAUGCAUGUAUCCAUUUUAUUGAUUUUGAGAUGAAACUCUUCAAAGUAUUUGGUAAUCCCACAAGAUUGGAUACAUUCCUGAAAACCAGUUUUAUAAAAAUGAAUCCAUAUUUGUAUUUCCAUAACAGUGUUGUUACUAAGAAAAACCGGGACCAUUCCUGCCAGUGUCCGAUCUGCACGCGCACACAAGAUGUUACUUCUCGAACCAAACUUUAGUCGCUGAGCAGGUUUUAUGAAAGAAUACUCCAGGUGACCGGGAGUUUUUUUGUGUGUGUUUUCAGCAACAACAUGAAUAGUUACAACAAUCCCAGGAUAAUUAAAGUAUCUUGCCUUUCCUUUUGUUUACGCCAUGGAAUCACAAGGUACGAAAAGGCCAUGCAAGGAGACGACCGUUAGAAGUCACAGAAAAAAAGAAUGACAAAGAAAGACAGUAAAAUUCGAAGGUGCUUGAUCGUGCUCAAACAGAGGUGGUAUGUCAAACGUGGAGGUGAGGUCUCGUGAUGACGGACUAAGUAUUAUAACAAGUAUAUGCAAUAAUGAGGAGAAAUUUCUGCUUCUUGGAAGGAGCCCAGAAAAAGAACUUCAGAUUGGUACUUCGUUUAUUUACGGGACGCAUCAAAGUGUUAGUGUGUACUACCUGAAUACCUCAGACGAUUGAGCUGUUUUGAUUGGUUAGGAAUUGAUGACGUGGUGGCAGACAAACCAAUCAGAAACUAGAAUACACGGGUCAAAUGUAAUUUCCACUGAUGACAGUAUUUUGUGAAAAAGUAGCCAUGCAUUUUUAGGCAAGUGAAAUUGUUAACCACGGUUGGUUUUAUGUCACGAAUUGUGUGAUAAGAUGAUCAAAUGUAGGAAGUAGGCCUAUCAAGAGAAUAAAAAGUGUUAAUGUUAGUGCUCCGUAUGGAAGAUCUGUGUCAAUCAGCAUCACAUUUCCCAUGGCCCCUUGCUGUCCAAACUGUGACUGCAUUGGCAGCUAUAUCUCUUCUAGGACACGGGGGGGGGGAAGCACAUAACCACAGAUACCACGAAAUUACAGUUAUGUGUCCAUGAAGUAGCUUUGAGUUUUCAGUUCAACAUUCCCAGAGUCGCAUUCGCAAUCAAUGUUUUGAUAUAGGGCCAUGUUCAAGUUAUUUUGAACCAUCUCACAGCCGGGGAUUCCAACCCCCCCCAACUCAGCUGUGCCUUGCUUGAUUUGUUUUUACUUGGCAAAGCAUAUAAAAACACUCCUUAUCAUUACAACUGUGAAGUUUUAGCUCCGUCAGAUAUGCAGUUUUUAUAGCUACUUGCGUGCCAGCCCGCGUUGAGCACUGCAGUAGAAAAAAAAAUUGGCUGACCUGUCUAGGAAAAAUGCAUGCUGAGCAAGAACGAUUUGUCAAAUUUUCACAAAAUUGGUUUCAAAAUGACCGCGAAGAGGUACUCCAAAAACUCCUGAAGGCUCAUUUCCUAAAGAAUUGCGCUAGGGCGAUAGGACCACAGAGAAAAAAAAAUUAAGGGGGCUGCAGAUUCCCCCGCUAUAGGCUCUUAAGGUUAAAACAGAAGUGGACAUUUUUGCCAGUUGCCCACAGAAUCUAUAUUAAAAAGACAAGCUAUUGGCGACAGGGGGAGAAUUGCAAUUCCUUAAACUUUGAAUGUUUUUCACAUUUUAUCGUCGCGUCCUCAGUUUCAAUAGGUAGAAAUUAGAACUGUGAAGAAUUAAUUAACAAGUUUAUAAGGAAACGCACGCGUGUUUGCGUCAGUGCAAAACAAUGUAAAAUUUUAAAGCGAGGCUUAAUUGUCACAGUGACCAGCUUUAUUCGCACGGAAGCUAUUCUUAAACAGCAUUUAUUUACCACCGUUUUGAUAAUUUGUUCACAAUGGCUUACUUAAAAAGUGCUGAAGUGUGCGAAAUGCAUAUUUAUACCGUUCUGAUUUUCUUUCUGUAAUCCAACUAGCAAGAAUACAGUUUUUAUCGUGAAAGGCAAUCUUGACAUUUUUAAAUGCUAUUUCAGCAACAGAUAGUUUUUGAAGGGAAAUUCAGCUCUCAGUCCUUUUAAUGAACUUCUCAUUAACUGUCUCUUAAAGUUCACUCCUCUGCAACACUUUUGUUUAAUUGUUAUUGUGGAACCAGACUUUUGAUAAAGCAAGCCCAUAUUUUUCUUUGCCGGCAGAUAUAAUAUGUGGAAUGAGGAUAAUACGGGUGAUUCACAAUAGGGCGCCUUCAAGAGUUUGCAACGCGCGAAAUUUGGCCCGACCAUUUUCGAACGCACAUUGGGUCGACAGAUUUCGCGCAUUGUGAUUGGCCAACGCGUUGCAAACUCUUGGAGGCGCGGAAUUGUGAAUGCCGUAUUGAAUUCUUAUAAGAGCAAGAUUAUUAGAAGAAAAAAGCUUUGAAGUUUGAUCAUCGUUAACUCUCAAACAGCUCUGUUAACUUUAUAUAGCUCAUCGCUUAGAAACUUAAAUGGCAUCAAAAAAGCACUCAUCAGUAGAAAUGUGAAGUUUCGAUUCAAGAUUGAAAAGGGUUGUGAUGUUAUGGUCUUUUGAAAUUGAUGACCUCAAGUGUGUCGGCCCGCGCACAAAGUUAAGACCGUACUGGAAAAAAAUGGAUCUUCAAGUUGACUGACCCAGGAGGCCUAUGCACAAUAAUGCGCGUCGCGUAAGAUCAAUCAAUAUAUAAAUAUUUUUCUUAAAAAUGUGUUUCAAAUAACUGGAAGAUGUUAUUUUAAAAACUACUAUUGCUAAUACUGGCGUUUCAAAUUAGUGCGCCACCUAGAGUUUUCAACGUGUUGGCCAAUCAGAAUGCACGAAAUCUGUUGACCCAAUGUGCGUCUGGAAAGGGUUGACAGAU